AUCAUCAUCCAUAGCAUCACCACUCAACACGCACCUUUCCUUUUGAUUUUAGGGUUAGGGUUUGAGCGUUCUUUAAAGGGCAUCGAAACACUCUCUUUCUCUCUCUUUCUCUCUCUCGUUGCUGCCCCUUUCGCUCUCUCUCUUUCUCUCUCUAGAAUUUUCAGAUUUGCUGAGCGAGAUGAUGCAGCCGGGACCUGGCAUGCCUCCACCCAGCAUGGGGCAACAACCACCGCAACAGUAUCAGCAGCAGCAACAGCAACCCUACGUUAUGAUGCCGCCGCAAGCUCAGGCGCCACCGCCGCAGUGGGCCGCUUCCUCCGCCCAACAUCCGUCGCAGCCCGCCAGCGCCGACGAGGUCCGUACCCUGUGGAUCGGUGAUUUGCAGUACUGGAUGGACGAAAACUAUCUAUAUACUUGUUUUGCUCACACUGGCGAGGUGACGUCUGUUAAAGUGAUUAGGAAUAAACAAACUAGUCAAUCAGAAGGAUAUGGGUUUAUUGAGUUUAAUAGUCGUGCUGCAGCUGAGAGAAUUCUUCAAACAUAUAAUGGAGCAAUUAUGCCGAAUGGGGGGCAGAGUUUCAGGUUGAAUUGGGCAACUUUUAGUGCUGGUGAGAGGCGGCAUGAUGAUACUCCUGAUUAUACCGUAUUUGUUGGUGACUUGGCUGCAGAUGUUACUGAUUACCUCCUUCAGGAGACAUUUAGGGGUCGUUAUAACUCGGUGAAGGGUGCUAAAGUUGUGAUUGAUAGGCUCACUGGCCGUACCAAGGGGUAUGGCUUUGUAAGGUUUGGAGAUGAAAGUGAGCAAGUGAGGGCUAUGUCUGAGAUGCAAGGUGUUCUUCUCUCAACAAGACCUAUGAGGAUUGGACCAGCCACUAACAAAAACCCGACCACUCAACCUAAAGCUUCAUAUCAGAAUCCUCAAGGUGCCCAGAACGAGAAUGAUCCAAAUAACACAACUAUUUUUGUUGGCAACUUGGAUCCUAAUGUCACUGAUGAUCAUCUGAGGCAAGUUUUCAGCCAGUAUGGAGAAUUAGUUCAUGUUAAAAUACCAGCUGGCAAGCGAUGUGGGUUUGUUCAAUUUGCAGACAGGAGCUGUGCUGAAGAGGCUCUACGGAUUUUAAAUGGGACACUAUUGGGUGGACAGAAUGUUCGUCUUUCAUGGGGCCGUAGUCCUUCAAACAAACAGGCUCAGGCAGAUCCAAACCAGUGGAAUGGUGCUGGAUAUUAUGGAUAUGCUCAAGGUUAUGAAAAUUAUGGUUAUGCUCCAGCUGGACAGGAUCCCAACAUGUAUGGCAGUUAUCCGGGGUAUCCGAGUUACCAACCACCUCAGCAACAGCAGCAAAUAGGAUAUAGUUGAGAAGUCACUACAUAUUUCUGAUCUUUUGUAAUCUUAUGAUAUUUAUCGAGUUGCGUAUCUCCUCUUGUCUCGUCGAAAACCGACUCUGCUCCCUUUUUACCCUUUUUCCCCUUUGAUUGCUAGUAACAUCAAAAUUUUAUCGGAACCGUCUUUUGGUUGUAUGCAUAAAAAUUGCUUGUUGGAUGCUUAAUUCUAUGAAAUGAUCUCCAUCUAUUAUGCGUUCGAUUUGGU